GGCCCCCAGCAGCCUCUGGGACAGCCUGGAGUCCGCCGGCGCCCCGCACGACAGCCUCCAGUCGGUCUCCAGCCUGCAGGAGAGCUUCAGGUCCUCCAGCAGCAGGUGUGAUAGUCUUGAAUCCCUUUCCAGCCUGUGUAGCAGCUCCUCCAGCCAGCGUAACAGCCUCGAGGUCACCAGCCGGUGAGGCGGCCCUCAGCUUUCCCCUCCGAUGCACGAGCCUCCGGUUCGCUGCCAGCUGCUGCGAGAGCUUCCAGGUUUCUGCCCUUCACUGCGGAAGGCUUCGUUGCUCCAGUGAAUUCCUGCAGCAACCAGCAGAACAACCCCAAAUACCCUCCUGCUCUGGCUGUCGUUCCCAAGUUACGUGCUUCAGAGAGGCAGUACUCAGUAUCGGCAGCGUCAACCUCAGCUCUUUGUCAUCGGUUAAGAAUGGAGGUACGUGGUCCUCGGAGGAGUCCCAGCUACCUCUCCAAUCUCUAUCAGAACAUGUUACAGGCUGAGGCAGAGCCGGGACGAGGGCAGCAGCGGCCCCAGGCAGUUCACACAAGUAGCAGCGUGAGUCUUCUGAGCAGUAUCCCGGCCAAGGGGGGCUCGCAACCAAAUCGGCCUCAGAGUAGCACUGCCACCAGCUGCGAUCCAGCUUUACGGCCUAUCAUACGCCGCCGAGCGAGGUCUUUGCCUACAUCACCUGAAAGAAGAAAGCGAGCAGGAGUGCAGUGCCGAGUUCCAGGAUGCGAGGGUCGUACGAACAGGGUGAGAUUUGCUGAUGCUUUGGGCUUGGAGCUGACUGAAGUGAAAGUCUUCCAGACUGGAGAGGAUCCGUCAAUCCCCUUGCAUGUCCUUUCCAGGCUCUCCAUAAACUCAGACCUCUGGGGCAGUAGCUUGGACCUGGAGUUCACCAUGCAGUGCUUGGUCCCUGACUUCCAGCAGCCUGCAGACUGUAUGGAUUUCUCUGCCCGACUUCAGGAGCAGCAGGUGUGUCUUGAACGAGUGACCAAUUCAGAUUUGGGGCUCAGUGGCACCAUCCAAGUUUGUAAUAUUGCUUUUGAGAAGCAGGUAUCUGUGCGAUACACCUUCAACCAGUGGAAAAGCCUCCAUGAAGUGUGUGCUCAUUGGCAUAGCAGCAUCCCUGAGAAAAACGGGCAAGCUCAGGUUGAUGUUUUCACUUUUUUUCUCCCUGUACCUCCUUUCCUCCUUCAUCUGUGCUCUGUAGUCCAAUUUGCAGCAAGAUACAGAGUCAAUGGGCAGGAAUAUUGGGAUAACAACAGAGGCAACAACUACAGUUUUACCUGCCGGAAUUACCCCCUUAAGAUGCCUAGAGAAUGUGAGGAGAGCUGGAUCCACUUCAUCUAAGCAAAAGAAAUUGGAUGUAGAGCAGCUUUUGAAUAGCCUUAUUCUCUUCCCUGGCAUUGCUCUGUGCUCCUAGGGCAAUACAAACCCUCUUUUUGAAACCUGCCAAACCUGGCAAAGUGUUUCAGAACAGGAAAGUAGCCAGUGAUGUGUACAAACUGUUCUAAACCUCUCAGAAAGUAUAAAGGGCCAAAAUGUGUAUCGCGUUACAUCCGUUGAAAGCCCGCGUGAUUUCUUGUGGUGUGUGAAUCGGUGCAGAAUGGUUCAAAGGGAUGCUGUCAGACUAAAUAUCUGAAAGCGAAGAAAGGCACUUUUGUUGCUAAUGGUAUUCUGGACUGCAUAAAAUAUUUAUAACGAGUCUGUUUUACCAUGUCUGGUUUUUUUUAAAUGGACAGUGUGGCUUUACUGUUUUUAUUUCUAUUUUUGUUUAUGUUAUCUCACCAAGUCUGGGCACUAUUCCAGCUUAGCAAAAUUUGGAUGGCAAGCACAGUAGGGAAGUAUGUAUUUUUACAUAAGUAUAUUUGUUAACGUUUUAGCCACGUUAAGUGUUUCUAUUAAUAUUUAGUUUGCAAAAGAAAUUUAAUUAUGAGCUAAAACAACAUGAAAAUGUGCCAGCUGCUCCUCUGUUUCCCUUUAAAAAAAAAAAAAAAGUUUCUUAACUGUGUGCCUUUUCUCAUCUGCAAUGUUUGCUAUAGGGAGCAGGCGUGAUUUAAGUGUAAAUUAGGCUGACCAUGGGGGAGUUCUCAUCUUUUGGGGUGAUGUACAAGUAGGUUUUUUUCUCCAGGGAAAUGGAAUUGGCCUUUCCUUGUGGAGCUAUUUUUAUUAAGGGAAACUAGAGCAAUUUUGCACUUUUGUUGUGAUCACACUUGAAGAUCUCAAAGCACUACAUAAAAGCUACUGAUCUUACACCCAUACUAGAAACGGAUAAAUUUAAAACUCAAGGCAUGGGUAUGAAAGACAAACUAUAAAGGCAGUGCAGUGAGCUGGUCGCGGAGCCUUGGAAUAGAACGCUAGAAGCCUGAAUCCCCGCUCCCUUUUCCCUAGUGUCCCAGUACUAUUGCAGUAGCACUUUUGAGUUCUCUAAUCACCUACUACUGAUUAUAAACUAGUUCAAGACUGAACACAAAAUGGGAAAAUGAUGAUUUUACUGGUAAAUUGGUUUUUACAUGGAUCCACAAACAGAAUUCCUUUUGCAGCAGUGAGAGCAGAGUAACACAGAAGAGUCUGCCCAAUACAUAGCUUACUGCUGUGCUGCUUUCCUUCUGAGGAUUUAGUCUGGUGUGAGAUUGGUAACAGGCUUAAAUCUAGUAAAUAAAUGAUUGUCCUUGAAUGUUUUAAUGCAUAUUCUUCACUGCAUGCAGAGUGAAGUACUUUAGCUUUAUAAGUAUAGUGUAAGUUUUCAAAACUGGUUGGCUGGAUAUAUUAGAAGAGCUGCUUUUCAGAAGGAAUAUACUAUGAAAAUCAUGCUGCAUAUUCAGAUGUCUUAUUUUGGAUUGCUGCUUAUUCAUCAAAAUCACAAAUUAUUUUUAAAAUCAAGAUUGUAGGCAGCACACAGCCAAGUAUGUAUUAGUCAAAAAAGUCCAUUGGGUCAUUCUGGAAUUGCAGAAACUCCAAGAAGCAUCCUAUGUUUGGCAGCUUAAUGUGAUUACUUAGGUGCGAUACCCCUUUAACAAGGCCAGGAUUUCAAGUGAACUAGUUGCCCAGCUCCGUUAGUCUGUGGCUUUUAGGGCCUGAAGUCAUGAGUGGCGAUUCUAUGCGCUGCUGAGCACCUCCUCAAAGUACUGAGGAAACUCAAUCUGGUUUGAAACAAUUGAGAAUUGACUUGUUCGUCAUGUGGCAGGAUAGAACUAACCCUCUGCCAAUUAGUUUGGACUUCUGUAUUUGGCAUUUCGUUCUUUAUAUUUUGAAUUGCAACAUGUUUAUAGUUUGUUUCAUACCUGCUGACCAAUGUAGACAGCUCUGAAAUUGAUUUAAAAACAAAAUUAUUGAAUUAGAAAUUCUUUCCAUGCAUUACAGUAGUUAGCCCGCCUUCUAGGGUAAUUAAAUGUGCUCUUUGCUUGGAUGUUGUCUCAGUAGGUGAGAGAUUUAUUCCAAAAAAAUCUUUUGAUAAAACGUGCAAUUCAUAUAUUUUUCAUACUCUAAUUCAAAUGGUCAUUUCUGUUAGCAGUCGCUGUUACUGAAGUGGCUGUUUAUAUGCCUUUUUGAUUUCUAAACUAAGUGAAGCAUCCAAAAAUCACAGAGCUGAUAUUAUAAAAGUUACAUAGUUAUUCAGUAUAGCAGCAGAAAUGCAAGAUGUAUUUUGAAUGUCUUAUUUCAGCCGUACUGGGCGUUUGUCAGUACUUGAAUUCAGUUUGAGUUGCAAGUACUUUCUGCCUCUGAAGGUCAGGUUCUGAUUAUUGCUCUUGUUUUAAGCCUCUGUACCUUCAGUAACAAUAGGUUUUUAUUGCUUGUCUAUGUAGUGUUCAGUUACCUGUGUGUCAGUGGCUAUCUACUACUAGGGAAUGGUAAAAAUCAUUUCUUUUUUAGUACAGAAGAAUUUUCAUUGUCCAUUUAAAAGACAAUGAAUGCCGCUAAUACUACAGUUUUGUAUUGGAGCACUCUGAGGUUGUAAGUUGAGGCAGAAAUUGUUUUCAAGGAGUGACACAACUACUGUAUCAGGAUAUUUCAUAACCAGGAGGUCUAAGGCAGGUAGAGCGCUCUGAGGUUGGGAUGAGGUGUGAUUGCCUGCUACACAGAUUGAAGGGCUGCUGUAGGCUUGCAAUCCACCUGCUUUAUUUUCUGCAUCUGAAUCAGAGGAGCGACCAGUGCCAAUCUGGGAGCAACACUUGUGUCCUGGAAGAAUAAAUACAGGGAAUUGAGAAGUCUGGUCUUCCUCAUAUGGCAGAAGAAAAUAAGCAGCUCUGUAAGAUGGGGCACUAUCAAAUUGUAAGGUUUGUUGCCUCCUAUGGCAGGCUUCAUAGGACUAAAUAACAUAUGAACAUAUAUGACAUAUACAUCUAAACUCUUCAUCCUAGACUAUUGUCAAUGAAGAUGUAGUCAAUAUAGUCAGUA